AUGGAACUCAGCAUGGAACUCAGAACUAAUGUGAAAGAAUACCAGUUCAUUAUGGAACGGCCUGUGGGUGCAAUAUCCAGUCCAUCUGAUUUCACCCUCCACCCCAACAUGUUCCCCAGCAACUAUGAACUGCUGCAAAGUCUGGGAGAGGGAGGCUUUGGACAGGUGGUGCAGUGUUUCAAAAAGGACACCAAUGAGACCGUUGCAGUAAAGAUAAUGAAAUACGGCUGCGACUACCACAGUGAAAUGACGAUACUGAACGUCUUCAAGGAGAUGAAACUGGAGGAGUUCAACAUUGUCAAGUUCAUUGACUCAUUCAGACUGACAAACAACAGAGUUGCUCUGGCUUUUGAGAUGCUGGAUAUGACUCUAAAGGACUACAUUGUUGACCACAGAAACUUCACUCCUAUGGAGUUAUGUGAUAUCAGGAGUGUAGUCCAGCAGCUGGCCAUCGCAUUAAACACCCUGAAGUCCAUUGGACUGAUCCACACAGAUAUAAAAAUAGACAACAUAAUGCUGGUGGAUCGGGAAGAGCAGCCCCUCAGGGUAAAGCUCAUUGACUUCGGACUGGGUGUGCCAACCGAGUGGGCUGAGCAGGACCCAGAGAAGUGGGCACCUCUUCAAACAAAGCACUUCAGAGCUCUGGAAAUAUUUCUCGGACUUCCGUUUUCAGAGGCGAUAGACAUGUGGUCUGCAGGUGUUAUGCGAUGGAUAGUGGCAUUCCUGGGUGUACCUCCAGACCAUCUACUGGAUGCUGCGACCAAGUCACAGCAUUACUUCAUAACAGACGCCUCCGGCCACUGGAGACUUAAGACACCUGAGGAGUAUUGGCAAAGUACCACAGUUCCCAGCCGAUACCAGCCCUUGUAUUUCAGCAGCCUGGACAUUUUGGAGGAGUUGCCCCAGGAGAACCUGAACAUGGUGGGAGCUGAAGAGAAGAGGGAGUGCAUUGACCUGCUGAAGGCAAUGCUUCAGAUCGACCCCAAUGAGAGGAUUACCCCCAUUGAGGUCCUCACCCACCCCUUUAUCACAAGGGGCACCCUCCACAAAAACUUUGACUCGAGUGCCCCUGAUGGAUUUCAUGCAUCUACUUCAGAGACAUUACCCCCAGGUGUUAUAAUGGUGAAGUCUGCACCACCUGAAUGCCGCCUGUGGGGGAUCGAGGGCAGCGGGCAGAGUGAAUCUUGCCCGUUGGAUUUCCUGGAGAAUGUCUCUGAAAAUCCACCAGUGGAGCCGACUCCCCUUUCAACGGAAGAUGUGGAACAGGAACUUGCUGCCACGGCAUCUGACCACACAGCGCCCAAGAAGAAGAAGAAGGAGAAGAGGAAGAGGAACUGCUUCAAGCGGUUCCUAGCCUGGACCAAGAGGACUUUCUGCUGCUGCAUCCCUGCCAACGAGGAUGACUGA